GGAUAUAGGGAUGGAGAGACGUAUGGAGUAACAUUUAAUAAGAGAACAUCUGUCAAUGUUGGAGGUUUCAGGCAGAAACCUACAAUGACUCUUCCUGAUUUGACAGAGGGACAUCAGACCACCCUGACCUGCUCUGCUCCUGCACUCUGCUCUACGUCUCCUCCUGGAAUCAGCUGGAUGUGGAGCGGAGCAGCAGAAAAAGACCCUCUCAUCAACAGAAGCAUCACUGCCUUCAAGAAUGAGACUUUGACUGCUGUCACACAGAGACACAACUCAACUCUGACCUUCAUUCCCACAGCUGAACUCCACAACUCCAACAUCACCUGCAGGAUCCGCUUUAGUGAUAACACCACCACCGAGGAGACAGUCAAUCUGCACGUCAACUAUGUUAAAAUCACAGGAAAUGCAGAUUUGAAAGAGAACAUGACUCUAAACCUCACCUGCAUGACAAGUGUGUCUCCAGCAGAAAUCCAGUGGAUUAAAUUUGGAUCCAAAACAAAUCAGCUGAUCAGAACUUCAGCUGCUCUGCACAACAACACUGCCAUCUACCUGCAGGAGGACAGAAGCACUUUGCUCAUCUUUAAAGUGACUGGAGAGGACGCUGGACUGUACAUCUGCACAUCAAAGCAUCUGAACAACACAAUCAAAGAUGAAGUCAAUGUGACAGUGAUGUAUAUAAGAAAACCUCAGAUUUCUGGGAAGGUGAUUGUUAAGGAAGGAGAAUUUCUGAAUCUGACCUGCAGUGUUGACAGUUUCCCUCCUGUUCCUGCUGUGUGGACUGAACCUCAGUCAAACCUGCUCAAUGGAUCUGACCACAAUGGAUCAGCCACCUUCAUCAUCACUAAUGUGACAGCAGAGGAUUCUGGGAGGUACUCCUGUGCUGCAAAUCACCAGAACUGGACUGAGACGGUUCACGUGGAUGUGACGGUGAUGCUGGAAGGAUCCGCAUGUGUGCGCCGCUCAGACGUCCUGACCUGCACCUGCAUCAGUCAAGGUUUUCCUGUAGCCAACAUAAAGUGGCCCCAGCUGAGCCUCCACUCUGAGUACUGGAUCACCACCAAUGUGUCAAAUCAGACUGUGAGGAGCUCUUUGACUUUAAGAGCAACAAAACAGGACAACGUCUCUGCAGAAUGUGUCAUCAGCAAUGAGAGUGGAGAGUCAACAGAAAAACUCACAAUUCAAGACAUCCUCUCUGAAAAAGAAGGAGAUCAGUCUGGAAGUAUUUUAGAGAAAACAGCCAAACCAGAAACCAUCAUCGCUUUUCUGAUCGGGGUUUUUGUAUCAGCUUUAUGCUGCAUUUUGAUCAUAAGUUGCUGGAAAAAGUUGAAGAGGACUAAGAAUUUGCAGGAGAUUGUGGAGAUGGUUGGAAGUCAGGAGAAUCCUCUGAUCCAUGAUAGUCUCUCAGCAACAGAGGAUCAAAACUGCAUCCCAGAAGGAGCUGAGAAUGGAGCUGUGACAACAGGAGGUUCUAAACCCAGAAGUGGGUCUGGAGAUGUGGAGUACGCCAACAUCGAUUUCUCUCGGCUGAAGAGGAAAGAGCGAACACAGGAGCUGCAGACAGCAGCCACAGAAUAUGCUGAGGUUAAAGUGAAAAAGGAGGAGAAACAUGCAGCUGAAGAGGAGGAACCGGAGAUGGAAGAGGGCGAUAAAACUCUUCUUUGUGUGUCAGAAAAGGCGGAGGAAGAGGCGGUGUACUCCUCAGUGAAUGAUAGGUCAAAAUUAGAGGCAGGCAGUGAGGUUGUAUAGUGGCUGUUGCUCUUGCCUCAAUGGUUUAAAUCCCAGCUGGGAUUUUUAUGUCUGGAUUUUGCAUGUUUUUUCUCUGAACACUCCAGCUUCCUUCCAGUCUAAAAACUUGCUUCAUAGAUUAAUUGCUCACUGUAAAGAUUGCUCAGGUGUGAGAUUGUGUUCCCUUCAACAGACUGUCGACCUUUCCAGGGUGUACCUCGCCUUUGCCCAAUAAUAGCUUUGACAGGCUCCAGCAACCAACUGACCUCAAAAUGGAUUAAGCAGCUUCUAAAGAUGGAUAAAUGGAUGGAUGGUUGGCAUCUGUCAUCUGCAGCCAGCUUAUUCCACCAAUGACUAUUUUUUUUGCAGACAGAAUAUUGAAAUUUGUGUAAUUUUUUUUAACAAUAACAAAACAAAUGUAAUGUUUAAAAGUUUUUAAUUCAAAAACUAAAUAUAUCAGGGAAGAAGAUGUAGAAGACCAAGUUAGUUUACAGGGAGGCAGGUUAUUAUUGUUAUUUUUAAAAGUAGCAAAAAAGGUAAAAAAAAAAAAAAAA